AUGUCUACCGGUAGUGAUGGGAGCAUCAACCCGCAAUGUGGAUCAGAAGCAUCACAAGUGCAAUUAGAUUCAGAUCCAAUCACCGGAUCACCUCAGCCUGAAUCGGCCAAUGAUUCAUUGCCAAUUGAGAUAGAUGAUGAUGAAGAAGAGGAAUACAUCAUGGCUGGUUCUAAGAAGAGAAAGCUCAAAUCACCGGUUUGGAAUGAGUUCACAAAAGUGAAGAUUGGGAACACUGAAUAUGCAAAAUGCAACUAUUGCUCGAAGAAGCUUUCUGGUUUGUCAAGAAAUGGGACUAACCAUUUGAAGUGUCAUUUGAAGUCUUGUGUGCUGAAGAAGAUCAAGCUUAAUGGGCAGACAAUGGUACAAUCUGGUUUGAGAUUUAAUAGGACAGAUGCAGGCACAAUCUCAGUGGAAAACUACAACCUUUGA